GUUGCGAGGGGCUCUGGUGCUGGACGUGUGUAGUCCAGCAGGGCAUCAUACGUGUGUGUGUGUGUGUGGUGCUCACAUGAGACAAGUGGAGGCAACUGCAUUUCAACCUUGUAUCACCAUACAUUGUAUUAAUUUGUAAGAAAUGAGGUGUACAAAAGUCCUCCAACACACCAACAUCCAUCAACAACAUCCAACACACAUCUUCCAAUAGAGAAUGUGUGCGACUACAGGAGAAUAGGCAGACAUGAAAAAUGCAUAACCGUGUGAACACCAGACCUACACCUCGACCAGGUCUUCAUGAAAAUGAUUCUCCUCCAUCAAAAGGUGUUAAGUCUCCUCAUACACGAAGUAGGAUAAAUGUUGGGCAAUCUCCUAAACAUCGAAAGACAAAAGAUGAAAUAGACAGUGAUGAAGAGGCUGUGGAUGCUACACACAUUGAUGAAGUGGACCAGCGUACUCCUAAGUCUCCAAAACUUUAUCCAGCUCUGUCAGAGGCUGACUUAGAUGAAUAUCAGACUUUACCUAAUUUGAGUCCAUCUCACUUAGAUUUUAUUUCGCCAAAUGAUACCAUUGCCAGCAAUCGCUCCCAGUGCCAUUCAAGAACUGGGUCUAGAUCUUUAAGAAAAGACUUGCCUGUUACUCCUGUAAAGGGAAGCCCUGAUAAAAAACUGUAUUGUGAUUUGCCUCCCAAAGAUGUUAAGGAUCACAAGAAAGGUGCAUCACCGAUGAUGAUGAUCCUACUCUUCUUCUGUUUGAUUAUGCUUGUUUCAGUAUCAGUAUUUAUUUGUUUAAAGGAAACUGAUAACCUUCAAGCCCCUAAGCCACGUAUAAAACCAAUUACAGAAGUAUACGAAGAUCUUAAGACAGACCUAAAAUAUCUAAAUGUACAGUUUUCUCAACCAAGAAAUUUGUGGAUUCAACUAAUUGGGCAGAUGGAAUCCAUAAUGGUCGACAGUCCAAGCCAACCGGCAAUCAUCCUUGUGGUGGUGCCAGAAGAUGCUCAAGGAACAGCAACGUGCCUCAUACACAAGAUUGCAGAGGCUAUUAAAGAAGCAUUUGAAGAUUCUAGGUUUGUUAUGUUCGAUGUAAAGAGCGAUGCAGUUGGGCAUCAUCCAACAUUGAAGAUGGAAUUUGAUAAUGUUCUUCGGGGCCUGAGGGAUGCACAUGCAGCUGUCAUACACAAUAUUGAACAACUCCCAGGAGAAGCCGCCAUGAUGUUUCAUGCUUAUUGUGAUAAUGAAAAUGCACCAUUUAAGCAGGUUGUACUAUUUCCCAUGGUAGAAGUUCAGAGUCGUUAUGAGGAAUUUGUUAACAAGAGGCUCGACAUUACUGUGGAUAAUCUUCUGAUGGAAAUCUGGGGAUCAGAGCUGAAAGAAAAAGAUGUUUCGGCAGUAGUGUCCCGCAUAGCUAAUGCUCCAGUGUUAAUUAAACCUGAGAGUAGGGUAAAAAUUCAAGAGUUGUGCCCAAUAUAAUAGUUAUUUUAAUAUCCUGCUGUAACAAAAAAUUUUGUGUUAAAAUAAUUAUAUAUGUUAACAUGCAGGAGGAAUGUAGUGUAAAUAUAACUUUGCUUCAUAUAUAAAUACAGUUCAAUAUUCAUAAUAAUAAGAAUGAUACCUUGGACACAGCAAUUUUUUCCAAAGACAGACAUACAUUUUAAUGUUUGUAAGCUAAAUAUUAUUACACCUUUGACUUUUUUACAAAUUUAUCUCUGUGGUAUAAUGAUUUUGUAGGCAUUGUUGACUAUGGCGGGUUAAUGACCGCAUAUUGGAUUGUUCUAUCACUACAUUCUGGUGUCUUUUAAUAAGUUGAUAUUGUUUACUGUUGUACUAUAUGACAUUACUAUAUUACUGAAGUUGUCAUUUAGUUACUUUUCUCCUUGAGGAAUUAAUUAUUUUGGAACACUAUCAUAGUUCUUGCCUUGUUGUUUAAAGUAGCACUGCAAUUUGUGUUCACAUUUUAAAAACCACUGUUAACUACACUUUACUACAAAAAGUACAAUGUUGUAGUAAUACCAUGAAAUUUAUUAAAACAUUCUAAAGUUGAAGUGAGUAUUUUUAAGUUUUAAGUGUGUGUCUAGACAAUAAAAUUGUGAUUAUUUACACAAAGAAAUCGCAGUAAUGUGACGUGUCAAUCAGUAGGAGCCAUUCUUGAGGUUAUCUUGAGAUGAUUUCGGGGCUUAGCAUCCGUGCGGCCCAGUCCUCGACCAGGACUCAUUUUUGUUACACACCCCCAGGAACCAGUCUGUAGCAGCUGUCUAACUCCCAGGUACCUAUUUACUGCUGGUGAACAGCGGCAUCACGGUGAAAGAAACUCUGACCAUUUGUUUCCUCCUCCACCGGGGAUCGAACCCAGAACCUUAGGACUAUGAAUACCGAGCGCCGCCCAUUCAGCCGCCCAGACCCCUUGGUUUCAGAGAAUUUGAACCUAUAUUCUGGGUACUCCCAAGCACAUGCGUUAGACCACAAAACCAUGACAUGGUCAAAAGCAAUGCAACCUGGGAUUCAACUGAACUCUCAAGGGAUCCUGAGGCUUCAACUGAAACCAAGUCUGUUUUCAUGCAUUGCCGCAAGCACUUUGGGUGUGGUCUAGGAGUUUCAUCUCCAUUGCUCCAUGUCAAAUGCACAAAGAAAUCACAUUAACAUGAUGUAUCAGUGAGAAAAUAGGUUCGAAUCCUUAUGGCUCCUACUGAUUUUCUCAUUGACAUAUCACAUGUGAUUCCUUUGUGCAUUUGAAGCGGAGUGUUGGAGGUGAAAUAUUCGUUGAGUAAAAUAUCCAUCCCUACCAACACAAAUUAGGGUCCCGGUAGUACAGCGGGUUUGUUCUUGACUCAGUCAAGAAUUCUGGGUUCGAAUCCCGGGCGAGACAGAAAUGGUUUGGCAUGUUUCCUAUAACCUAAUGCCCCUGCCCACCUAGCAGUAAAUAGGUACCCAGGAGUUGGCUUGUGGGGUUGCAUCCUGGAGAGGGGUCAGUAAUUCGACCCUGGGGGGGGGGGGGAAUGGACCUCGAUAUAAGCCUAAUAUGUACUAUAUGUAUAAACUGGCUACCUGUCCCCCAAGACAAUGAAUUAUGAAUUAAAUACUAUAUAUUGUAGGAUAAAUAAUAACAAAAUAGCUAUGAAUCCAUUAUUCUCCAUUUAUAUUUUAUCGUGGUGCAUAAGACAUGAAUAAUAGUGUAUGGAAAUAACAAUAUUCAUGCUUGGCCCCUUUGGUGCAGAUACUUGACUGCAUUGAACUGUAGCUUUAAUUAGAACAAAAACAGUCAAAACUGUGUUGUUAUUUACAUGAUCUAAAGCAACUAAAAACCAUUUAAUGUUACCUCCCAGAAGACCUCAUAAUUAAAAAUAUUAAAACUGUAUAUAAUUACAAAUAUUAACAAUGACAAUGCAAUCUCUUGUGAACUGCAACAGUAUGAAUUAUAUGAAA